UUUUAUAAACUCAGAGCAAUGGUCCUGUGUCAAUUAACCACGUUUGUUUUACUUUUCGUAGUAAGUAGUCCUAGUUUCACGUAUUCGUUGGCGAUUGAUCUUAAAAACAGUUUAGCAGAAACUUAUUCAAAUAAUCAUUUAGUGGAAAACAUUACUGAGACUGAAAUUCCUGAUACUAAUAGCAUACAGAUAUAUCGGGAUGCAGUUCCUCUAUCUGGUUUAAAAAGGUUAUCCAGGAAAAAAAGAACGUGGUGGAAAAAAGGUGGUGGUGGCGGAGGCGGUGGUUACUGUUGCGCUCAACCGCAACCGCAACCACAGUGGAAACCAGUUAAAGUUGUAGUGGUAGAACCGUAUUGUUGUGCGCAACCUCAACAUAGACCUCCGCCACCACCACCUCCACCUCCACCUCCGCAACCCUGUUGCGUACAACAGCAACCUUGCUGUCAAGGAGGUGGCGGUAGGCUUCGUUUGGAAGGACAUUUUUCUGGGGGUGGUUCAAUCUCUUGGAAGAGAUAAUAGAAAAAAUGCACCUACUACCAAUUUGUUCAUUUAAUUUGCCCAAAUAUUUAGUGUUAAAAAAUAUAUUGUGUAAAUUGAUUUAAUUUGUUUGCUCGAACAAAUAAUUUGUAAUAUACCAGCAUUAAGGUAAAAGCUUGUUCUAAACUGUAUUUAAUUUUAAAACUGUAACAGUCGCUUUAAUUAUUCUUGUUUUGUAAAUAGCACCUUGAAAAUAUUAAUAAAAAAUUAAUAAUUUCGGACCUGUA